AGAGAGUGGAGACGUAAAAAAAAACGUCACACGAGAUUUCCCGGAACUCUGAACUUCUCCGGUUUUCUCACUGAACGGUUGUAGGAGCUGCUCUGAAGACGGAAACUUCACCCUUAAUGUCGAAGCAGACUUGGUGCUGAGUGUCAGUAUGAGAUGUCGCCUCCAAGCGCCUCUUUCGUGCAAAUCAAGUUCGAUGACAUCCUCUUCUACGAGAACUGUGGCGGCGGCAGCUUCGGGAGUGUGUACCGAGCCAGGUGGAUCUCCCAGGACAAAGAGGUGGCGGUGAAGAAACUGCUGAAGAUUGAAAACGAGGCUGAAAUCCUCAGUGUCCUCAGCCACCGGAACAUCAUCCAGUUUUAUGGUGCAAUCGUUGAGGCUCCUAAUUAUGGAAUCGUCACCGAGUAUGCGAGUGGGGGAUCGCUCUAUGAUUACCUGUCCAGUGCUGAGAGUGAGGAAAUGGACAUGGGGCAGAUCAUGACAUGGGCUGCAGAGAUCGCCAGAGGAAUGCACUAUUUACACUCAGAGGCCCCCGUCAAGGUGAUCCACAGAGACCUCAAGUCCAGGAAUGUUGUUUUGGCAGCAGACAAGGUUCUCAAGAUCUGUGAUUUUGGGGCAUCCAAGUUUCUGACCCACACAACACACAUGUCCUUGGUGGGCACGUUUCCCUGGAUGGCUCCGGAGGUGAUCCAGAGCCUGCCUGUGUCUGAGACUUGUGACACUUUCUCCUACGGUGUGGUGCUUUGGGAAAUGCUCACCCGUGAGAUACCCUUCAAAGGCCUGGAAGGUUUACAAGUGGCCUGGCUCGUGGUGGAGAAAAAUGAGAGGUUAACCAUCCCGAGUGGCUGCCCUGCCAGCUUUGCUGAGCUCAUGAGGAACUGCUGGGCAACAGAGCCAAAAGAGAGGCCAAUGUUCAAGCAGAUCCUCUCUACUUUGGAGUCCAUGUCUAAUGACAGCCAACUUCCUCAACAGUGCAACUCUUUCCUGCACAACAAGGCUGAAUGGAGGUGUGAGAUCGAAGCGACACUGGAGAGACUUAAGAAGCUGGAGAGAGACCUGAGCACCAAAGAGCAGGAGUUGAAGGAGCGAGAGCGCCGUCUAAAGAUGUGGGAGCGCAAACUCAUCGAACAGUCCAACAGCCCGCUCUUCUUACCUGUGGCAAAAAAGAUAAGCGCUAAGUCGUUCUAUCAGUCUAAGACGGAGGAGUCAAACAGUUCACAGAUGUCGUGUCAGAUCACAACCUCCGGUAAUGAGGAGGUGAAUCUGCAGUCAAUGAUGAAAGGCUUUGAAGACGUGUUUUCCUUGGACUUUGGCCGGCCUGUCCUGCACUCAGGCAUGCAGGUCAACAUGCAGGCCAGGCAGAACUCCUCCGUGUCGAGCAGUGUCAGAGAAGGACACAAAAUCAACAUGACUCUGGGGAUGGGACGCUUCACUUGGUCUGACGACAGUGAAUGAAGCUCUCCGACGCUCUGUGUUGCCGCAGCUGCAUCUGUCACAAACUGUAAUCCCACUUAACACAUUAUUGGUGUUGUAGAAGCUCUGUUUGUAAUGAAUUGCUUGUUAAGUCGUGAUUAUUUUCAUCAAUAAUCAUGACAAACACCGUAAAUCAUAUCUUGGCUUAAUAUUUGUUCAAUUUAUAUUCAGAAAUAGCUCAAAUUGCACAGAAAGAUAUUACAGAAUGUAUUUGUAGCCCUCCACCUAUGGAUAUUAUGGAUGUCAUUUACCGUAUGCCUAAUGUACUAGAUGUAUAGUGCCAUGCUGUGAAGAAAGAGCCACGUGAGCCAGUUGCUUAGAGAAGGCCAGGCUUUUAUGAUGAAGUGACAUUUUGCUGACAUUAAGAUUGGCCAAUUUGUUCUGGAUGUGGUGGAGUGCAGUUGUUGAGACGCAGUCUCUUACAAGGAAGAGAAAGUACAUGUUUUUUCCUCUGACUGACCCAGGUUCAAAACAGCAGGAGAGGGACUUUGCUGUGUGACUGUCAGCUUCAUUCUCUCAUUUUACAUUUUACUUUUCAAGACAGGCUUCUUUUCUUAGGCCUAUGUUUUUUUAAUUAAGAAAUAAUUUAUAUAAGAAAUAGGCUUGGGCGGUAUAAAGGUAUUACGGUAUACCACGGAAUUUAAAAAUCUCGAGGCUAAGAUUUCAACACGGUCAAAAACACAAAUGCUCCCCUUUCUAUUAAACUGAUAUAGAGAUACUGUAUUGAGGUGAUGUAUUACAGUGCACAGCACACGCCACCAGAGGUCAGUGUCUACUAGUGGAACAGGCAGCUGGGGGGAGAAAGACGGUGACUGCGAGCGGUGGGGAUAACGUUAAAGGAAGAGUGAAAAGAAAAAUGCCAGGGUGUCCAUUAGCUCACCUGGUAGAGAAGGUGUCCCAUAUACAAAGGCUGUGUCCUUGCUGCAGUGGCCUCAGGCUCAUGACAUUCCCCCUCUUUCUCCCCCUUCCAUGCCAAUACUGUCCUAUCGAUUAAAGGCAAAAAGCCCAAGAAAUAAGAAAUUAGUAUUCAGUCAUAUAACUUUAUCUUGAAAAGAUGUCUUCCAACUUCAAAAGCAAUUUAUUGGCUUGAUUUUAUCCCAUGAGUCAUCUCCAUUCAGCCCAAUGCUGUGUCGGUAUCCACUGUGGCUAAAAGUUUCAUCAGGUCCUUCAGCAAGAAGGGCACUUAUUUCCUAUCUAUUCAUUAUAUUAAGUAUUUAAAAAAUUUUAAAGUAUUGAAAAUUUAAAGUACUUAAAAUCUGUAUAGGUAGACUAAAAGCAUAUUAGAAACACAGCACUGUAGGCUAGACUAGUGGUUCCCAACUCAUCCAGCCAGGGUCCAGAUUUCUCCUUAGUCAUUAUUCAGCGUCAUACUUGCAUUUGGCCAUGCUGUCAAGCUAGUUUGCUGUCUCUGUCAAGUAGCAGUCCAUUAGUUACUCACUCUACAGCAGGAAAUGGCAUAAAAUACCAAACGCUCUGUGCUGGAAAUUCACUGUACUUAAAACUAUAGUAUGUCUUUCACAUAUUUGACUUGCGCUCCAUUCAGAAUGGAGCCAGACCCAUUUUUGGACCGUGACCCACCAGUUGGGAACUGCUGAACUACACAAUGACAUACAUGCUGCAAUGACUUCUGUCACCAGUAGCUAUGGCUGUACUUUUUUAUUUUUAAAUAAAUUUUAAUAUGAAUAUCAUCAUACACUGUAUACCCCGGUGAAAUGUCAGGGGUAUGAAGGUAUGAAAAACUAGAUACCGCCCAAGCCUAAUAAUAACAAUAGUUCUGUUCUUAAAGACCUCAUUCAGAAGUCACAGAUUUUUGCCUAAUAUAGAUUUUUUAAUAGAAUAUUUUCCUUCUGUAGACACAUUUUACAUCCAGUGACACACCAUAUUGUCUAACUGAAUGUUAGCCUGAAGCCCUGCACUUUACAGUAGAGAAAAUCAUAUUAGCAUUAGUGUUCAGUUAGCUGUUAGGCUUCAUCUGGGGGAAGGACAUGCUUCCUUGAGCAUAGCCCAUUAAAUUGUCCCCUUCGCUUGUUAUCAUCAGUCAGUCUCAUGAGGAUGUAAUCCUCUGUAUUCCUGUGUUGUUGCUUGUUAGCGUCCUGCCAUGAGCUAAUAUUCCUAUUCAAACAUCGCCUGCACUCCUGCGCCAUCAAGCCCCACACACACUAGACUAGAUAUAACAAUUAGCACAGGCUCUCACCAAUAUUUACAUUUCCCUGUGUGAAUGCCAGACACUUCAGAAACAUUCAGCCUACGCACUCAUCUCCUGGAGCUUUCACCAGAAUCAAACAACCUGCAGCUUCUUGAUGUGACUUAUUUUCCUUCGCUGUUUUGUCAAUAAAUGUGUUUCUGUCAACUCUCUGCUUUUCUGUCUCAUGAGGAUUAUGUUAUAUGACUGUUAUUAUUACUAAACCUUUUAUGAUAGAACACAGAACAAGUGUGACUGAUACCAUUUUAAUAAGAUUGUGAAAUAUAAUGCUUCACCAGAUGUUUGUGUCGAACUGUUUUCUUGUGAUUUUAACUUCAUGCCACUUUGUAACUCCCUGUAUUCAUGGUCUGGUUACCCAUCAUCCACUUAGUCCACAUGGGGGCAGAAUUGUGUGAACUAAACCCAACUCAGAGUGUUUUUUUCCCCUGCAGAUUCCACACACAUAAACACAAAAACUCCCCAUUUUGAUUUGGAGAUAGUGCUUUGAGAAAAAAGGCAUGGCAUUUUGUGAAAUACAAUAUGCUGCCUGAAAAGUGAUGUUAAGUCACUCCAGUGAGACUUUUGGCAGCGGCAGAGUGUUUCUGAAUCUGUUUACUUCCGAACCGCAGCACUGGAGGAGGCGGAAAACGCUGCAGGGCUGAGUGGCUUUAUGAGGCGGCGGGGCUGCACUGAAAUGUAUGGCAGCGACUGUCUAUUGAGAGCGGCAUUCAGCUCAUAAUCUGAGCUGUUAUCAGAUGUCGUGGGAAGAAGACAGUGAAUGGGGGAUUACUCAUUCAUUUAGUCAUCUUUCCUCCAAUUUUCCAUUGCAUUAUUUCUGUCAUUACACACCAGUCUCAUGAUCACAAUGAUGAAAUCUUUAUUUUGGCUGGCAAGUUUCUGCCUGAUUACAUUUAAUGAGCAAUAAAUGAUUUAUCAUUCAAACAGAUCACGUUAGAUCAGUCAGAUGGACAUUUCGGUUUGAUAUAGACCAUUAGAGGCAAGUCGUCUUAAUCGCACAGCACAAUAACCGGAAAAGUAAUGGCUUUGCAGACAUGGAAAACAUGGCUAUUUUCCAUUUUAAUAACAUUUACUUAAGUCCUGUAAUUUUUACUAUAAAAUCUGAACACACACAUGUUUCAUACUGUCUGUAU